AUGGCAGAAGCAAGUGUUGCAUCAUCAUCUUGUGAUGAUGAAGAGGAGAAUAGAGAAAUAGACACAAGUUGGUCUGAUCUCCCCAGUGACUUGCUGAGUUUGAUACUAUCGAAUCUGGCAGCAGCAGAUGUUUUUGCCUUCAAAGCAGUUUGUAAAUCAUGGAAACAAGUCAUUCCUCCCCCUUUACCCCUCUCACCAUCCCCAAAUUCGCUGUUCUUUGCUUCUCCAUCUUUAAUAUGUUGUCUCAAAAGCGAUUCCACCAAAAUGUUUCAUCCACUCCACAACAAAUUUUACCAUGUCAUGGGGACGUUACCACAAGAAUCAGUGCUCCAUUGUUCUAAGUAUGGUUGGUUGUUGAUGAAUUGGGGUCGUGGGAGUCAUCCUUGUUUUAUCGAUCCUUUUAGAAGAAUUCGCUUUCGACUUCCAUCCUGCAAUCACAAUUUCCUGACAAUGUCAUUUUUCUCUCGGCCAAGUUCACUGAACUGGACCAUUGUUGGGAUUGUUGAAUGUGAGGACUUCGGUACUAAUGUAAUUGCUACUCUCAAAAGUGGGGAGAAAUCCUGGAGAAUUUGCCAGUGUGAAACAAGACGUUAUUUUCGAGUUUCUUGCCCUCCUGUUUUAUUCCAAGGCAUGUACUACUUCUUGGAUAUCAAAGGUAAGGUGGGCAUUUUGGAUCCUGAACAUAUUGAAAAUGGUUGGAAAAUCUUUGACUCCCUCAAGUGUCGUCUAAGAAGAUUUGUUCGCAAGAGGUUUAUGGUACGAGUUGACGAGCAACUAGUGGCCGUGUUUGUUACUCAUGCUGAGAGGAAAGUCCGUGUUAUGAAGCUUAAUCUUUUGAGUAUGGUCUGGGAACCACUGCAAGAUCUGGGCGAUAAUACAUUGUAUCUUAGUUCUAGUGGAUCUUUUGCGAGAGCAGCCUUGACAAAAAGCAUGGCCAACACAAUUUACUUUCCUAUGUUUUUUGAAAACAGUGGGGUGUUUUACUCUCUGAAAACGGGCAAGUACCACUCCUUGGAUGGUAAAUUUUGCUGUAGAAAUUCUUACGGAUUGACAGAGAGAGAAUUUGGAACAUGGGUGCAACCUACUGCCAAGAAAGAAUUGGGAAAACGUCGAAUCGUGAAUCCCCCACCACCUGAUCAUGAUCUGAAGAUAUAUUGGAAUUGA